CUCCCUUCCUGUUUCUUGGCCCUGGUGAAGGUCCUGCUUUUCCUUAUCUCAGGCCUUUAGGACUCCCUUUGGGAUGUGGGAUGGGUCAGCAUUAGGGGCCCAGGCUGGGUAUGGGGGAAGGGAGUUAUUAUGUGUCUAGAACAACAUUUCCUCAGCAACUCAGAGAUAAAAAUACCCAGGUCCAGAGCAUGUGACAGGCACUGCUGGAACCGGUAUUAUCCCUGGGGUGGUAGUGCUCUCCUGCUGCCAGGCCUGUUCUAUGGACAGCCAUAGCCUAGGCCCUUGUCAGGGAUAGGAUUCCCCUUGAGAUUGGCAUUCUGCCCAGAGCAGGGGGGUGGCCUGUUUACAGCUCUUUUCAGGCUAGGAGCAGACUGACCAGAGAGAACAUACUGUCUCUUUGACCUGACCUUAGGCUCCAGGGGAGCAGCAGUGGGGAGGGAGCUAAGUUUCCCCUUGAGAGACCAAUCCAGGGAGUCUGAAUUGUGAUACUGAGUCUGUGAGGGGCUUCUUUCCUGCUUGGAUUAGAUGUGGGCCAGGGAUCAGGCAGAGAAUGCUCUUGAACAAAGCCAGGGUAAAAGGGGAAUGGGGACAUUUGUGGCCAGGAGAAUGUCGAGCACCUGUCACCCUAAGUGUAGGGCUUCCGGGUUGUGUGUCCCCUCCUCUUGCUUAGGGCUAGGACUGGCCAGCACUGUGACAUUGCUGCAUUUGGGGAAAAUGGCCUUCCGUUUUCCCUAGUCUGGCCUAUUCUGAGGUGACAAAACUUAUGGUGGGCCUGUGUGCCCUGGGUUCCUACCCAGCCUGGCCAGUAAGUCCCUGGCCUUGAGAACUGGCCACUGCCUUCCUGAAGAAUGGGAAAAGUCCUUCCACUUCCAGCAAAGAAUUUAGAUUCCCAGAGAAUCUGGGGAGGAGUGUAUGCUCAGACCUGAGUGGGCUGGAUGAGCAAGCUGCGACAGGAGGGAGGAGAGUGGCACCCCUUCCCCCAGGGCUCUCACUGCGCCACCCCAGCUGACUGACUGGGCUGGGUGGGGCUGCCCGCCCCUGGGCGCAUCUCCUCAAGGAGACGGAGGCGGCCCAGGGAUGGGCUGGUUCUUUGCGGCAGCUUCUCCAGCUGCCCUGAUGCAGCGAUUGGUUCCCGUCUGCAGCUAGGUAACAGGCGGUGGGAGGGGAUUGGCUCCUUCCACAUCUCCAGCGGAGACUUGGGGGAGGAGAUUGGCUCUCUGCGCAGCCUAGGUAACGACAGUGGGAGGGGAUUGGCUCUUUCCGCAGCCCAGCUGCUGACCUGGGGGAGGGGAUUGGCUCUCUGCAGCCUCAGCAGUGACCUGCGGGGUGGGAGGGGGAGGGGAUUGGCUCCUUGCUGCAGCCUAGGUAACAAGUUUGGGGGACGUGGGGAGGGGGAGAGGGAGGAGCGGGAGGAUAGGCCCAGGAGGGAGCUUGCUUUCCUCUGCAGCUUGAGCACGGAGCAUGGGGUGGGAGUCCCAUCUCACUGCAGCCUCUGCGGUGAGCUCAGGGUGGGGGCAGCUGGGCGCCUGAGUGGAACUGGGGUUCUGAGGUGGGAGGGGGCUGCUUAAGGAUGGAGGAAGGGGGCUGGGCUGGGCCGCCCAGGCAGCAUCACGGGCGGGGCACCCUCCUCAGGCCCCUCGGAGCUAGCAAGGGGCCACCCUUCCAGCCUGGUGUGCUCCCUGAAAGCCAAGAGCUCCUUGCAGCCCCCUGUCCGGCUUCCCGGCACCGGCUGCCCUGGGGCUCAUCUCGCAGACCAUGACCCGCCUGGACCGCAGCUCUCACAGUGGUGGGGGCCAUGCCAAAGGCAGCCGGCCCCUUAACUCUUUGCUGGCUGGUCACGGGGUGGCCCAGCCUCCCUCUGCUCCUGGGUCCAGGGCUUCUGUUCAGGACAUAGAUCUGAUUGACAUCCUUUGGCGACAGGAUAUUGAUUUGGGGGCUGGGCGUGAGGUUUUUGACUAUAGUCAUCGCCAGAAGGAGCAGGAUGUGGAGAAGGAGCUGCGAGAUGGAGGCGAACAGGACACUUGGGCAGGCGAGGGCGCGGAAGCUCUGGCACGGAACCUGCUAGUGGAUGGAGAGACUGGGGAGAGCUUCCCUGUACAGUUUCCAGCAGACAUUUCCAGCAUAACAGAAGCAGUGCCUAGUGAGAGUGAGCCCCCAGAUCUUCAAAACAACCUCUUGUCUCCUCUCCUGACUGGGACAGAGUCACCAUUUGAUUUGGAACAGCAGUGGCAAGAUCUCAUGUCCAUCAUGGAAAUGCAGGCCAUGGAAGUGAACACAUCAGCAAGUGAAAUCCUGUACAAUACCCCUUCUGGAGAUCCACUGAGCACCAACUACAGCCUUGCCCCCAGCACUCCCAUCAAUCAGAAUGUCAGCCUGCAUCAGGCAUCCCUGGGGGGCUGCAGCCAGGACUUCUUACUCUUCAGCCCCGAGGUGGAAAGCCUGCCUGUGGCCAGUAGCUCCACGCUGCUCCCAUUGGUCCCCAGCAAUUCCACCAGCCUCAACUCCACCUUCGGCUCCACCAACCUAACAGGGCUCUUCUUUCCACCCCAGCUCAAUGGCACAGCCAAUGACACAGCAGGCCCAGAGCUUCCUGACCCACUGGGGGGUCUGUUAGAUGAAGCCAUGUUGGAUGAGAUUAGCUUAAUGGACCUGGCCAUUGAAGAAGGCUUUAACCCUGUGCAGGCCUCCCAGCUGGAGGAGGAAUUUGACUCUGACUCAGGCCUCUCCUUAGACUCCAGCCAUAGCCCUUCUUCCCUAAGCAGCUCUGAAGGCAGUUCUUCCUCCUCUUCCUCCUCUUCUUCUUCCUCCUCCUCCUCUUCUUCCUCUGCAUCUUCCUCUUUUUCUGAGGAAGGUGCAGUUGGCUACAGCUCUGACUCUGAGACCCUGGAUCUGGAAGAGGCCGAGGGUGCUGUGGGCUACCAGCCUGAGUAUUCCAAGUUCUGCCGCAUGAGCUAUCAGGAUCCGGCUCAGCUCUCCUGCCUGCCCUACCUAGAGCAUGUGGGCCACAACCACACAUACAACAUGGCACCCAGUGCCCUGGACUCAGCCGACCUGCCACCACCCAGUGCCCUCAAGAAAGGCAGCAAGGAGAAGCAGGCUGACUUCCUGGACAAGCAAAUGAGCCGGGAUGAGCACCGAGCCCGAGCCAUGAAGAUUCCUUUCACCAAUGACAAGAUCAUCAACCUGCCUGUGGAGGAGUUCAAUGAGCUACUGUCCAAAUACCAGCUGAGCGAAGCCCAGCUGAGCCUCAUCCGAGACAUCCGGCGCCGGGGCAAGAACAAGAUGGCGGCGCAGAACUGCCGCAAGCGCAAGCUGGACACCAUCUUGAAUCUGGAGCGUGAUGUGGAGGACCUGCAGCGCGACAAAGCCCGGCUGCUGCGGGAGAAAGUGGAGUUCCUGCGCUCCCUGCGGCAAAUGAAGCAGAAGGUCCAGAGCCUGUACCAGGAGGUGUUUGGGCGGCUGCGGGAUGAGAAUGGGCGACCCUACUCACCUAGUCAGUACGCGCUCCAGUACGCUGGGGACGGCAGUGUCCUCCUCAUCCCCCGCACGAUGGCCGACCAGCAGGCCCGGCGGCAGGAGAGGAAGCCAAAGGACCGGAGAAAGUGAGCCUGGGGAGGAAGGGGGUUUGAUGCCCACCAAGACCGAAACUGGAGAAGGGCUGGGCCUGGACCUGGACCUGGACCUACAGCUACAGCGGGAACUUUAAUGCCUUCUUAUCCAAUAUAUCUUCUCAGAUGGGAUGACUGCGGGUCAGUGUACAGGAAGAGGCAGGUACAGGCACUGGCUGGCUCAGCUCUACUUGGGUGGAGUGGAAGUAGCUAGACCAUUUGGACGGACAGGGUCCUCACCCUACCACUUUCCUGUGAGGCAAGGGUGGUGGUGGAGUUGCUGGAGGUAGAGGAGCUGUGUGGAGCAAAGGCCGACAAAGGGGAAGGAAUGGACCUGUGAGAGGAAGGGAAGGUGGCAGAAAGUUUCAUUCCAGGAAAGAGGCAAAGAGAAGGAAACCCCAAAAAUCAAAGUGGGAAAAAAUCAAAGGGAAGAUUAAGGUUGGCUCUGGCCAGGAUUCCAGGCAGCAGGUUUGAGUGACUCUGGUGGGCCUAGGUCACUGGUGAUAAACCCCAUUUCACCCCAGUGGGGGUUACACAGACACAGGGUGGGGGUGGGGAGGGGCGAUGUUAACUCUUUCUGCUCCUUGCACUUUGUCAUCCCUGAAGGGGAGCUCUUGGGUAUCAUCAGCUGGAAUGUUUCAAUCGAAUGGAGCCACUGGGCCCCAACACUGGCUUGGAGAUUUAGGGUCAAAGAGUGAACAGGAAAAGGUCAUGUGGCCCCAUGUUGCAGCAGCCCCAAUGUCACGCAUGUCAUUCACUGCCUUGCCACUCCAUCUGCCUCCAUGCUCUAGCCACCCCUGAGCUGAGGCUCCCACUGUCUCCAUCAGAGCCUGCAUGUGAAUGCCAUCCUCCUUGGGUCUGGUGUUUGUGUUCCCCACCCCUCACCAGCCGCCUGAGCUCUUCUGUAGCUGGAGUAGGGUGCUGGCAGUGCUCUGGGAACUGUGCCUGCAGCCUUCCUCUUCAGGGACUGCUAUGAGGCAGGGGAAUGAUGGAGGGAGGAUUUAGCACAACACUGGGGAAUGACCCUUCCCUAGGGCCUCUGCCUACCAAAAAUUGGGCUUGUCACUGGGGAAACACAAAAAAUUACACAACCCAGCAACAACAAAAAACCUAGUCUUAGAAUUUCUUGGCGCUUUGAUUUUUUUAGGGCUUGUGCCCUGUUUGACUUAUAGGGUCUAGAAUGCUUGUGUUGAGUAAAAAGGAGAUGCCCCAAUAUUCAAAGCUGCUAAAUGUUCUCUUUGCCAUAAAGACUCCGUGUAACUGUGUGAACACUUGGGAUCUUUCUCCUCUGUCCCGAGGUCGUCAUAUUUCUUUUUUGGGUUUCUUUCUAGAAGAUUGAGAAGUGCAUGUGACAGGCUGAGAGUACUCCCCACCACAAACACACAAGCUCUCAGCCACAGACAGCUUCUCCGCAGCCCCAGCUUAGCACAGGCUCCUGGAGGGCUGCCUGGGGGAGGCAGACAUGGGAAUGCCAAGGCGGCCAGAUGAUUCCAGGACCACAAUGUCUUUAUUUUAACUGUUUGCCACUGCUUCCCCCACCCCUGCCUGGCUCUGGAGUACUACUGUGUACCCCAGACAAGCAGGAGUGAAAUGGGGGUAAGGGGAGGAGAGCACUGAUUCCCAGUUAGGGGGUUCAUAACUGAGCAGUAGGGAUAGAAGGUGUGAACCUAGGAGUGCUAUAAAUUAUUUUCCUUGUAGAUUUUAUUUUUAAUUUAUCUCUUGUGACCUGCCAGGGAGAGGGGAGAGAGAAAGAGAUGCUGUUGAGCACAUGACAAAAUAAAAUAAAAUAAAAAUGGAUGAUUCA